ACAGAGGGUUUAUCCUGGGACCCAAAGGCCUGGGAAAGAAUGGAGCCUGUGCUGAGCUGAGACCACUGCUGGCGGCAGGCAUCGACUACAAGACCACCACCAUCCUGCUGGACGGCCGGCGGGUGAAGCUGCAGCUCUGGGAUACGUCGGGUCAGGGAAGAUUUUGUACCAUAUUCCGCUCCUACUCUCGGGGCGCACAGGGUGUGAUCCUGGUCUACGACAUCGCAAACCGCUGGUCCUUUGAUGGCAUCGACCGGUGGAUUAAGGAGAUCAAUGAGCACGCCCCGGGCGUCCCUAAAAUCCUGGUGGGGAACCGCCUGCACCUGGCCUUCAAGCGGCAGGUCCCCACGGAACAGGCCCAGGCCUAUGCGGAGCGCCUGGGCGUGACAUUCUUCGAGGUCAGCCCGCUGUGCAAUUUCAACAUCACCGAGUCCUUUAUGGAGCUGGCCAGGAUCGUGCUGCUGCGGCACGGGAUGGACCGGCUCUGGAGGCCAAGCAAGGUACUGAGCUUGCAGGACCUGUGCUGCCGGGCAGUGGUGUCCUGCACGCCCGUGCACCUGGUGGACAGGCUGCCGCUGCCCACGGCCCUCAGGAGCCACCUCAAGUCCUUCUCGAUGGCCAGCGGCCUGAAUGCCAGGGUGAUGCAUGGCCGCCCCUGUUCCCUCGCCACCAGCUCUGGCCACAAGAGGACCAGCCUCCGAAAAGCGAAGGCUGCCCACCUUCCCCAGAGCCCCCCCAAAC